CUCUUCUGUUUCACCGUUAUUCAAUUUUUACUAUUUGUACUGCUGUCUUUGACCCUUUUCCGGUACAUAGAAGAAAACCAAAACCGACAGCACAAUCAUACCGAAAUCAUACGUCUUCAUGUAGUCGUAACAAAAUAUUAUUUUCCGGUUAAAUUCGGUUUAAUUCAUUGAGAUUGUGUUAACCGAAAACAGAAACGGUUUUGACGCCAACGAGGCAAGAGGGGUAAAACGAGAAAGAGGGAAUGGCACAAAUCGUAAUUAAUAAGGAAAAUUAGGGGUGGUUUCACGAUAAGUCUGUCUAUAUGACGCGAAAGGGUUUCUUAAAUUCAGAGAGACAAUUAAUCAGUUUCGUGUGUUUGGAGAAGAAGAAGAACAGAUCAAAUACGAGGAGAGAUCUCUAAAGAGAUUUAUCGGUUCAAAUUCGUUCGAGGAAAGAAGGUUAAUUUAGGUUAAACAACAAAAAAAUGGGAUACUGGAAUUCGAAGGUUGUUCCAAAGUUCAAGAAGUUAUUUGAGAAAAAUAGUGCUAAGAAGGCUGCUGCUGCUGAAGCUACCAAGACCUUUGAUGAGUCUAAGGAAACAAUCAACAAGGAAAUUGAGGAGAAAAAGACAGAACUCCAACCAAAGGUCGUGGAAACCUAUGAAGCCACGUCUGCCGAAGUCAAGGCUUUGGUGAGAGCCCCUAAGGAGUCUGGUUUGAAGAAAAACUCAGCGGCUGUGCAGAAGUACCUCGAGGAGCUUGUCAAAAUUGAAUUCCCCGGAUCAAAAGCGGUGAGUGAAGCUACGUCUAGCUUCGGAGCUGGCUAUGUCGCAGGACCGGUCACAUUCAUAUUCGAGAAGGUAUGUGUUUUCCUCCCGGAGGAGGUGAAGACAAAAGAAAUACCGGUGGAGGAAGUGAAAACCGAAGAACCAGCCAAAACUGAAGAACCAGCCAAAACCGAAGAACCUAGUGGUGAGAAAGAGGAGAUUGUUGAAGAGGUCAAGAAAGACGAGACCCCUGAAACCGUGGUCGUGGAGGAUAAGAAACCAGAGGUAGAGGAGAAGAAGGAAGAAGCUACUCCGGCUCCGGCGGUGGUUGAAACUCCAGUUAAGGAACCGGAAACGACGACAGCGCCUGUGGCUGAACCACCAAAGCCUUGAUUUGUUUUCAAGAUGGUAUGAUUACUUCUCCUGUAUGAAAACAUCUUUGUACGUAACAAAAAUUUGAAAGGAAGAAACGGAAAGGAACAAAAAAAAAACUUAGUUUCAUUCUUUCUUUUUUUUUAAAAAAAAAAAUUUUAAUUUGGUUUGUCUUUGUGUGGAUAAAUCUCUUCUGUUUUUUUCUUUUAUUGGAAAAGUCUUUAAUGUGUUAUUUAUUUAUAUUCAUGUGAAUUUGUAACAAAAUUAUUUUGUGGAUGUGUAUUCUAUAGAUAUAUUUCUUGGUUUCAACUUUCAA